AUGGCGCAGCACGUGUUUCUUACCGGGCCGCCAGGGGUUGGAAAAACAACAUUGAUCCGUAAAACUUGCGAAGCCUUAAAAUCUUCCAGUGUGUCUGUGGAUGGAUUUUACACAGAAGAAGUCAGACAAGGUGGAAGAAGAAUAGGAUUCGAUGUUGUCACUCUGUCUGGUACCCGGGGACCUUUAUCUAGAAUUGGGGCUGAGUCUCCACCUGGAAAACGCGAGUGCCGUGUUGGGCAGUAUGUGGUUGAUCUGACUUCUUUUGAGCAGUUGGCCCUUCCUGUCUUGAAGAAUGCCGAGCUCAGCAGUGCUGCAGGGAAGCGAGUGUGUGUCAUUGAUGAAAUUGGGAAAAUGGAGCUCUUCAGCCAGACUUUCAUCCAAGCUGUCCGUCAGACCCUGUCUGCCCCAGGGACCCUAGUGCUUGGUACAAUACCAAUCCCUAAAGGAAAACCACUGGCACUUGUGGAAGAAAUCAGAAACAGAAGCGACAUCAAGGUGUUUACUGUUACCAAGGAAAACAGAAACAGCCUUUUGCAAGAGAUCCUGAUGUGUGUGCAGAAGGGAAGCUGA